UCCCCCGAGGUUCCGGGUCUCCCAGCUCCACCCCGCCCUUCCAGACCGGGGAUGUCCCCGGCAGCCCCGCGCCCAUGGUCCUGACGCUGCUUUUCUCCGCCUACAAGCUGUGUCGCUUUUUCGCCAUGUCGGGGCCACCACCGGGAACCGAGCGGUUGGCUGUGCCAGGGCCGGACGGGGUCGACGGCGCGGGCCCAUGGUGGGCCGCGGGCGGCCGCGGACCCCGCGAGGUGUCGCCUGGGGUGGGCGCGGAGGUGCAGAGCGCCCUGGAGCGCGCUCUCCCGGAGCUGCAGCAGGCGCUGUCCGCGCUGAAGCAGGCGGGCGGCGUGCGGGCCGUGGGUGAGGGCCUGGCCGAAGUCUUCCAGCUGGUGGAGGAGGCCUGGCUGCUGCCUGCCAUGGGCCGCGAGGUGGCCCAAGGCCUGUGCGACGCCAUCCGCCUGGACGGUGGCCUCGACCUGCUGCUGAGGCUACUGCAGGCGCCCGAGCUGGAAACGCGCGUGCAGGCCGCGCGUCUGCUGGAGCAGAUCCUGGUAGCCGAGAACCGCGACCGUGUGGCGCGCAUCGGGCUGGGUGUGAUUCUGAACCUGGCGAAGGAGCGCGAGCCGGUGGAGCUGGCGCGCAGCGUGGCAGGCAUCUUGGAGCACAUGUUCAAGCACUCGGAGGAGACGUGCCAGCGGUUGGUGGCGGCCGGCGGCCUGGACGCCGUACUGUUCUGGUGCCGGCGCACAGACCCGGCGCUGCUGCGCCACUGUGCGCUGGCUCUGGCCAACUGCGCAAUGCACGGCGGCGCAGUGGCGCAGCGGCGCAUGGUGGAGAAGCGCGCCGCAGAGUGGCUCUUCCCGCUCGCCUUUUCCAAGGAAGACGAGCUGCUGCGACUGCACGCCUGCCUCGCGGUGGCGGUGCUGGCAACCAACAAGGAGGUGGAGCGCGAGGUAGAGCGCUCCGGCACACUGGCGCUCGUGGAGCCGCUUGUGGCCUCACUGGACCCGGGCCGCUUCGCCCGCUGCCUCGUGGACGCCAGCGACACAAGCCAGGGCCGCGGACCCGACGACCUGCAGCGCCUCGUGCCACUGCUCGACUCGUCGCGCUUGGAGGCGCAGUGCAUCGGCGCUUUCUACCUCUGCGCUGAGGCUGCCAUCAAGAGCCUUCAGGGCAAGACCAAGGUGUUCAGCGACAUCGGUGCCAUCCAGAGCCUGAAACGCCUCGUCUCCUACUCCACCAACGGCACUACGUCGGCGCUGGCCAAGCGCGCAUUACGCCUGGUGGGCGAGGAGGUGCCGAGGCCCAUUCUGCCCUGCGUGGCCAGCUGGAAGGAGGCCGAGGUCCAGACCUGGCUGCAGCAGAUCGGCUUCUCCCAGUACUGCGAGAGAUUCCGGGAGCAACAGGUAGAUGGCGAUCUGCUUCUGCGGCUCACGGAGGAGGAGCUCCAGACCGACCUGGGUAUGAAGUCCAGCAUAACCCGCAAGAGGUUCUUCAGGGAGCUCACAGAGCUCAAGACCUUCGCCAACUAUGUGACGUGCGACCGCAGCAACCUGGCCGACUGGCUGGGCAGCCUGGACCCGCGCUUCCGCCAGUACACGUAUGGCCUGGUCAGCUGCGGCCUGGACCGCUCCCUGCUGCACCGCGUGUCGGAGCAGCAGCUCCUGGACGACUGCGGCAUCCGCCUGGGCGUGCACCGUGCGCGCAUCAUCUCGGCCGCCAGAGAAACGCUACACUCCCCACUGCCCUGCACUGGCUGCAAGCCCAGUGGGGACACCCCAGAUGUCUUCAUCAGCUACCGCCGCAACUCAGGCUCCCAACUGGCCAGCCUCCUGAAGGUGCACCUGCAGCUACAUGGCUUCAGUGUCUUCAUUGAUGUGGAGAAGCUAGAAGCAGGCAAAUUUGAGGACAAGCUCAUCCAGAGUGUCAUGGCUGCCCGAAACUUUGUGCUGGUGCUGUCAGCUGGGGCAUUGGACAAAUGCAUGCAGGAUUACGACUGUAAGGACUGGGUGCACAAGAUGAAGACACUGAGGCUCAGAAAAGUAGAAUAACUUUCCCACGACCACACUACUAGUGUAGAAAUCAGAAAGGCUGGGCUUUGAAUUCUGUUCAUCUGACUCCAAAGCUCAUGCUCUUUGCCAGGCCCAUCACUGUGUUCCAUGGCCCAGAUCUGAAUGGGUAAGAAGGGAGUACUUGAAAGGGUUGGAUUCAGCUCCCGCUGGCCCAUCAGAGCUGAUUGUCCCCAUCUCUUUCCAACUCCACGUUCAGUGAAGUCAGGUGAGUAGCUUGAAAUCAGCCACUGUGGGAAUAUUUACACCAAGGAAAUUGGCAAACAAUACAAAUCAGGGUUUUGGCUUUUUGUUUGGUUGCUUUUCCCCAGAGAGCUAGUUAUUAAACAUUUACAAGCAUGUCACCUGUUGGAUAAAAACUGUGGAAACAGGUUAUGGAGGGCCUGGAGCCAGGGAGAGAUCCUGUUCUUAAAAUGCUGGGAAACAGAGAGCACAUGAGAGGGGUGAUGCUGAGCCAGUGGGUUUUAAGAAUAAGGCUCUGGCACUAGGGUGCAAUACAGAUUGGCAAUGGGUAAAAGUCAAGCCCCAGAGUCCAUAUAGAAGGGCUGAGUACCAGGCCUGGUUUGGGGAAGGGGCACUGGGCCAGGGAGACCUCCUGGAAGAACAUGUCUGAUGACCUAGAGAAGGUGGCAGAUGACUGCAUUCUGAAAGAGAGAGGGGAGUGUGAACUUUGCAAUAGCUUAGACUUUGCCUUGUUCACCACUGCAUUGCUGGUGUCUAAAACUGCACUUGGUACCAAGUUAGGCUUUUCAAGAGUUUAUAAUAUAGUUGAGUCAAUGAUUAAACACAUCUACUAGUUUAAAAGGCCAUAAGACCUGCCUCUAAUCAAGUUUCUGUUCAUAACUGAGUGAUCUUGAACAAAUCAUUAUCUUGCAGACUUUGCAUCUAUGAUGCCAUGAGUGGUUUGGGCUGCUGUUGGUUCUGUGUCAUUCUGGGUGAAACAAAUGUCUAAAGGUUCCCAAAUACAGUGCUGCAGGGUCAGAAUUCAUCCAAAUGCCCAGCAGAGAGGUUGAAGUGGCCCUGGAUUUGGAAUCUGAAGGCUGGAGUCAGAGGUCUGGCCCCUUCUGGGCCAGGCAUGUGUGUGACUUGGGAGAAGUCCCUUCCCCUCACUGGGCAUCCCUCUCCUCACCCGUAAAAUGGAGAGGUGCUCCAGAAAGCCAAUCAGGGUCAAAAAAAGUUAUACAUGUUCUUUUCCCAGGAGGUCUCCCUCCACAAGGGUGCUUAGCACCCAUCCUUUUCCCAGCAGAUGAAAAGGAAGGAGGAGACAGAUGGGGUGCUAGGAGCCUUUGCCUUGGACUAGUCCCAGAGGCUCCGUCAUCCCUCCUCGGGUGUUUUUAAUGCUUUAAUUGCCUCUGAUUUUAAAACUCUUUUCCCCGAAGCCACAUUUAGUGGGUAAUCAAUAUGGAAAACCACAAGUGAACUGCACUCAGGAUAGUCCAAUCCCUGUAGUUCCCUCUUGAAAGGAAAAGAAACAGUCAAUAAGCACUUACCAGAGCAUCCAUUAAUAGUAAGUUGUAUCCUUAGAACAUUUUACAGAGCAGGAAAUAAUAAUGGCUAAAAAAAGACCCGUUGCCUUCACGUCAAUUCCAACUCAUAGGACCCUAUAGGACAGGGUAGAACUGCCCCGUAGGGUUUCCAAGGAGCAGCUGGUGGAUUUGAACCACCAACCUUAUGGUUGGCAGCUGUAGCUCUUAACUACUGCGCCACCAGGGGUCCUAAUAAUGCCUAAACAAAUCCAUUGCUGCAGAGUCGAUUCCGACUCAUAGCGACCUUAUAGGGCAGAGUAGAACUGCCCCGUAGGGCUGGUGAUUCAAACUGCUGACUAUAUGCUAUGGGUCGGAAUCGACUCAACGCCAAUGGGCGGGUUAUAUGCUAGGCACUGUUCUGACCACUUUCCGCAGAAUUUGCAGUUAUACCUCCUAGGUAGAUGUGGAAAUCUCAAAGAAAAAUCCACACUUUGUACUUUUCUGUUCAGUUCUGACACCAGCAGCCCAUUCAGCACUUCUUUCUCUGAUGAUGCUAGCCACCUGAAACUAGGUCAGAGCUCACAAGUUAAAAGCACACCAUCCUUCAGGCUGCCAAAUUAGUUGUUUGGGAGCCCACAUGACACCCUCACUUCUGACCUGCUGGCUACAAAUUCAGGAUUUCCCUCUAUGCCCCACC